UCCCGCCUCCUCGUCUCUCAGGCAGGGGCGAGCGCACGCGCACGCGCGCGCCGGGCUCGUUCUGGUCGGAAAUAGGGAGGCGAGAUAGGCUCUGGAGCGCGCGCUUGCCUUGCCUUGCCUUGCCUGAGCGAGCUCUCCUCUCCAAGCUCGCUGGACCUGAGGGAGGAGAGAGCGAGCACCCUGAGGAGAAAGAGACGCGCGCUAUCUCUCUCCGGCUCCCCCGCCUACGGCUAACUCAGCAGCAGAAUUCAGCAGCACAGGGAUUUAUUAGCAGGAUUGCUAUGAGAGGAAGACUUCUUAAUCAAAGUUUUAACUUCUAUAUCCUGGAGAUGAAAAGCAGAACAAAAGUGCAUUCAUAAGAUAUAACCAAGCAGUUAAAGUCUGAACAAUUCAGCAAUUUAAGCAUUCCUUUUUACACUAUUGACAUUCCAAUCAUUUCUUGAAGACCAAGGGUUAAAAAAAGAGGUGAUCAAACUCAGACUGACUCAUCAAAACCAAGCGUUAAACAAAGAUUAUACGACUUCACAAACCCCAUUUCCAGAAAUCUCCUGCUAAUAAGAAAGGAAAUUUGAGUUUGUUUUAAUUCUAUUGGGAAUUUCCUAAUACGUAUUGGAAUGGAGUGGAGCAGCAGCAUCUCUGAAAGCAGACUUUCCCUGGUUCUCUUUUUUUGCCAGAUUAUUACAGCAUUGGAUGUACCUCUUGAUCCAAAACUUCUUGAAGAAUUACCACAGCCUCCGACAAUAACACAACAGUCUCCAAAAGACUAUAUUGUUGAUCCAAGGGAGAAUAUUGUAAUACAGUGUGAAGCAAAAGGAAAGCCACCCCCUAGCUUCUCAUGGACACGCAAUGGAACUCAUUUUGACAUCGAUAAAGAUGUACGGGUAAGAAUGAAGCCUCACUCAGGAACCCUUAUAAUAAAUAUUAUUAAUGACGAAAAUGGAGGAAAGGCAGAAACGUAUGAAGGAGUUUAUCAGUGCACAGCAAGAAAUGAACUUGGAGCAGCAAUUUCCAAUAAUAUUGUUAUACGGUCAUCUAGAUCUCCUUUAUGGACCAAAGAAAAACUAGUUCCCAAAACAGUAGUUGAAGGUCAAUAUGCAAUACUUCCCUGCAGGCCUCCUAUUGGAUUACCACCACCUAUAAUAUUUUGGAUGGAUAACUCUUUUCAAAAGCUGCCUCAAAAUAAUAGAGUUUCCCAGAGUCUAAAUGGAGACCUUUAUUUUUCUAAUGUAAAGCCAGAAGAUAGCCGUGAUGAUUACAUAUGCUAUGCGAGAUUUAACCACACUCAAACUAUACAACAGAAGCAACCCAUUUCUUUAAAAGUUGAACCAGUGGAUUCAUUGAAUGAAACUAUAACUGCUAAUAUGAGUGACUCUGAUUUUUAUGGUGACAGGUUAUCUCCUGAAAGGCGCCCAACUCUUCUGCUACCCACUGGAAGUACAAGUAGCAAAACAGAGCUAAGAGGAAACACCCUUUUGCUGGAGUGCAUUGCAGAAGGAUUACCUACGCCACUUAUUCGCUGGAUUAAAGAAGGCGGUGAGCUUCCUGCCAACAGAACUUUUUUGGAUAAUUUUCAUAAAACCCUGAAAAUAAUAGACAUUUCUGAAGCUGACUCUGGAAAAUAUAAAUGCAUUGCAUCAAAUCUUUUGGGUUCUGCUCACCAUGUUAUAACAGUCACUGUCAAAGCUGCACCUUACUGGAUAAGAGAGCCCACAAACCUUGUAUUGUCUCCUGGAGAAAGUGGUUCCUUGAUUUGCAGAGCUAAUGGCAAACCCAAACCCAGUAUAAGCUGGUUAUCGAAUGGAGUUCCUAUUGCAAUUGCUCCUGAAGAUCCUAGCAGAAAUGUUGACGGUGAUACCAUUAUUUUCACUGAUGUACAAGAAAGGUCAAGUGCUGUUUAUCAAUGUAACGCCUCUAAUGAAUAUGGAUAUUUAUUGGCAAAUGCAUUUGUGAAUGUUUUAGCUGAGCCACCGAGAAUACUCACUCCUCAUAAUGAACUCUAUCAAGUCAUUGCAAACAAACCUGCCCUUCUAGACUGUGCUUUUUUUGGAUCACCUGUGCCUGAAAUUGAAUGGUUUAAAGGAGUGAAAGGUAGCAUUCUCCAAGGAAAUCAGUAUGUUUUCCAUAAAAAUGGAACCUUGGAAAUUCCUUUAGCCCAGAAGGAUAGUGCUGGCACGUAUACCUGUGUUGCAAGAAAUAAACUAGGGAAGGUACAAAACGAAGUUCAAUUAGAAAUCAAGGAGCCAACAAUGAUUAUUAAGCAGCCUGAAUACAAAGUUGUACAAAGGACUGGGCAGGUUUCCUUUGAAUGUAUAAUUAAACAUGAUGCAACCUUAGUACCAACAGUUACGUGGUUGAAGGAUGGCGCUGAAUUGCCAAAUGACGAAAGGUUUUUUGUCGGUAAACACAACUUGACCAUUAUGAAUGUCACUGAUAAAGAUGGUGGAACAUAUACUUGCAUAGCUAAUACUACUCUGGACAGUGUUUCUGCAAGUGCUGUGCUCACUGUUGUUGCUCCUCCAACAGCCCCACCUGUUGUUUACGAUCGUCCUGAUCCACCUUUUGAUUUGGAAUUGACAGAUCAUCAAGAGAGAACUGUUCAGCUCACGUGGAUACCGGGCAAUGACAAUAAUAGCCCUAUUACGAAGUUUGUCAUUGAAUAUGAAGAUGCCAUGCGUGAACCAGGGAUAUGGAACUACCUGACAGAAAUCUCUGGGAUCCUGACAACUGUACAUUUAAAGCUGUCACCAUAUGUUAACUAUUCAUUUCGUGUAAUAGCUGUCAAUGACAUUGGAAAUAGCCAACCAAGUGAAGCCUCUGAACAAUACUUUACAAAAGCUGCAAAGCCGGAUGACAAUCCUACUGGGGUUCAAGGGAUUGGAUCAGAACCUGAUAAUUUGGUGAUCAUGUGGGAGCCCUUAAAGCAUUUUCAGUCCAACGGUCCAGGGCUCCAGUACAAAGUCAGUUGGCGGCAGAAGGAUGGCGAUGAUGAUUGGACAUCUGUUACAGUUGCAAAUGUAUCCAAAUAUAUUGUGUCUGGUACACCAACCUUUGCUCCUUACGAGAUAAAAGUGCAGGCGUUAAAUGACUUGGGACCUGCUCCAGAACCAACAACCACAAUUGGACAUUCUGGGGAAGAUUUACCAAUGGUUGCUCCAGGCAAUUUGCAGGUACAAGUUGUAAACAGCACCUUAGCAAAAGUGCAAUGGGAUCCAGUUCUGUUAAAGUAUGUCCGAGGUCAUCUUCAGGGAUACAAAAUUUACUAUAUGAAAGUGGAAAGUUUAUCUGGAAGAAUUAACCAGCAUGUUGAAAAAAAGGCAUUGUCUUUUCCUGGAAAUAAGACGCAUGGAAUGUUGCCAGGACUGGAGCCAUAUAGCACUUACAAAUUGAAUGUUAGAGUGGUUAAUGGAAAAGGAGAAGGACCAGCAACCCCUGAUGAAACAUUUAAAACUCCCGAAGGAGUUCCGAGUGCACCCUCAUUUUUGAAGAUUACCAAUCCCAAUCUGGAUUCCCUCACUUUGGAAUGGGGACCACCUUCUCAUCCAAAUGGUGUUGUGGUAGGAUAUAUACUAAAGUUUCAACCAAUUAAUAACACACAUGAAUUAGGCCGCUUGGAAGAGAUCAGUAUACCAGCCAAUGAGACCAGCCUGAUAUUAAGCAACUUAAAUUACAGCACUCGAUACAAGUUUUACUUCUACGCACAGACAUCAGUUGGAGCUGGAAGUCAAAUAACAGAGGAGGCAGUAACAAUUAUGGAUGAAGGUAAGAUGGUGCCACCAGUGUAUCCAGGGAUCAAAAAUGUUACGGCAGCUGCUGCUGAGACCUAUGCCAAUAUCAGUUGGGAGUAUGAGGGUCCAGUUCAUGAGAACAUUUAUGUUGAAUAUGGUGUGGCAGGCAGCAAAGAAGAUUUGAAAAAAGAAAAUGUUAAUGGUUCCCGGAACUUCUUUAUGUUAAAAGGAUUAACACCAGGAACAUCAUAUAAAGUCCGGGUUGGUGCUGAGGGUCUUUCUGGUUUUAGGAGUUCAGAUGCUGUGUUUGAGACAGGUCCAGCAAAGGCAAGCCGGCAGGUUGACAUUGCUACUCAAGGAUGGUUCAUUGGUCUUAUGUGCGCAGUUGCUCUUCUCAUCCUGAUUUUGCUAAUAGUUUGUUUCAUACGGAGAAAUAAAGGUGGAAAAUAUCCAGUGAAAGAAAAAGAGGAUGCUCAUGGUGACCCAGAAAUACAGCCUAUGAAAGAAGACGACGGAACACUUGGCGAAUACAGUGAUGCCGAUGACCACAAGCCUCUAAAAAAGGGAAGCAGGACACCUUCAGACAGGACUGUGAAAAAAGAGGACAGCGAUGAUAGUUUAGUUGACUAUGGAGAAGGAGUUAAUGGUCAGUUCAAUGAGGAUGGCUCCUUUAUUGGACAAUACAGUGGUAAAAAAGAGAAAGAACCUGCAGAAGGGAACGAAAGUUCUGAGGCUCCUUCACCUGUUAACGCAAUGAAUUCAUUUGUCUAAUUGAAAAAAAGAACUCUUGCCCCAUUAAUACUACAUUUCCAUUAUUAUUAUUUUCAAGCAUUUGUACAUCUCCCCCACUUUUUGGACAUGAAGGAAACAAAUAUUCUACACGGCAAAGUGUUUAUGUAAUAAGUACAUAUAGGUGAAACUGUUAAACUAUAUAACAGUAAGUGGUAUGUUAGUAUGACUCAGAAUGCAAAACAUUUUGCACAGAUACUUGCUUUUUUACAAGACUAAAAAAAGAGCAACAUCAACUAAGAAUAACGAAAAGUACAGUAUAAUGCAUGCGAAGCGCUGCAUACGUCCCGGGCAAAGCCAGUUUAUGCCACUGAAAAUGGUUUUGAUACUUCGUUAUGCAGUCCUCAACUGAAUCCCUGGAUAUGAAGCCCAUUUUCAUUGUCAGAGUGUUAUAGUAGUAUUAUAUAGAACUUCAAUGUCUUUGUGGACAUUGUUGUGAAAUUGGUGACUUAAUUGUCUAGAUAUCAUUAUGUCUUUUUGCAAGACAGUUAGGAACAGUAUGUACAGUAUAUGAUUGAUAAAUGACUUUUAAGUAUGAUACUUGCAUUUGCUGAUGCUUACUGAGAUCCUGAUACCUGCUCUUUGCUCCUCUUGUAGCCUUCCUAAUCCAAGUAUUACUGCAGCACAGUGUUCUCUUUUUGACAUCCAAUGUACAUUGUAUCUUUCUCUUUUUUUAGGACAUACAACAACAUGCAUUGAAAUGCAUUUUGGAAUUUAUACAGUUAUGGAAGUGAAAUUUUCAAAUGAUAUAGAAAUAUUCCAGAAACCGUACAGGGCAAAAUACAUUCAGUGCCUUUAUAUAAGUGUACAUUCAAUAAUGUACUGUAGCUAGUCAUAACCAAUCGGGAACUUUUCUUGUGCAAGGUAGCAUUGAAAUGAAAAGUUGCAAAUUCAAAAUUCACAAUUCACUUCAUUUUGAUGGAACUAGUGAAGGAAAUGCUCCCUGCGGUUUGUGUUGCACCUCAGUAAGCUGGUACAAUAGUAUAUGACUAAUGAACUGACAUCAUUGCCAAAGUAAUUUAAUUAUUGUUAAAUUCCCAGAUAUGUUCAACAGGUACAGAAGAGUUUGUUUUUACGUGAUAUAAAACUCAUUAAAGUUUCUUUCUUUUCUGGAGAUAAACUAUAGACAAGCUAAUGCAACUUACACUUUCAUGGCCUUAUGCAGUUUACACAAAGAUGGCUGAAUUAGUAUAUUUUGCUAACACAGGAAAACACAAAAAAAGCUCAUGAUAUUCUAAGAUACCAUGCUCACAAAAGCACCUUUCCUUUCCCAGUAAGUCCAAGACCCUCUGACACCGCUUUUACCAUUAUGCUUGGCAUGAAGCUGCUACUCAAGAGCCACAGCAUUCAAGUGAAAUUUGACAAAUGUUAAGUAAGUUUAGUCAUAAAUUACCACUAUCAUCUGUUAGAAUGUUUUCUGCAAACACACACACACACAAUCAAUAUCACAGAAAUGGUUACCUCCAAAUAUGAAAUUUUAUAUAACAACCUAUGGUUGAAGGAAUGCUCAGUUUCAUUUGCCAAUAAAUUGGUUUUUCAUAACUUGCAUCAAGUUUAAUUUUAAGUAAGCUUUUUAUAUGUAGAUAUUUUGUUGAAUUUGUAAAUACACUUAAAGUGUAGAUGCUAUAUGCUUCUAGGUGUUUGAAAAUGCUUUUGUUGUACUAUGUAAGAAGUACUCUAACCAACAGAGUGCAUGGUAUUUUAAAGCAUCUACCUAAAUAUAUGUAAUUCAAAAUUUGAGAUAACAUGCCCGUUAGGCUGCUACUGUGAAACUUCUAUCCAUUUUUUGUGCAGGUCCUUAAGGAAUGGAGGUGGCACAGCAGCAGUACUUGACAGAUUGCACCCAAUAUCAUUAUAGGUUGUGUUAUUGCUUUUCACUUAAUCACAGCACACUUGUUGCAGCUUUGAUGCAUAUACUAUGGGACCUAUAGUAUAGGUUAACUUAUAGUAUAAAUUAAGCACAAUUUGAAAUACUCACCUUAUAAGCAUGGCAACACUUAGAGCUGGAAAACAGAUAUGCAGCACUGAUUGAAAAAGCACAAAAAGGAUAAAACAUUCCUACAAAGAUUUACCAACAGUAUUGGAGACCAGCGUAAUUUUACAAUUAAAUGUAGAUGCUAAAUUUAUCCAUGCAUGUGAAAAUACACAGAGGAGAUUACUUCUGUAAUGGUGCAACACAUUUUGUAUUAAAAUAAAUGUGGUUUUAAAAUUUCA